AUGAAGGCGAACGGCGUCCCUUCUGCAAGCUUCGAUAUCCUAAAUGGGACUCCCACUGAAGGAAAGCAAAAUGCGAUGGACAUCCUGUCGGAUGCAGGAUUUGCGUUGAUACUCCUGGCGAUUUUGAACGCCAGAUUUGAUGAUUUCUUUUGUGUCCUGGGAUUGGUCUGUUCGUCCUGGGUUACCAUAUCACAAGGGACGCACUAUCGAGCACCAUGGGCUCCUUUAGGCAGAGACCACAUCCCAUUUGUGGAUCAAGGCAACCGCAUGACCAGUCGGACCACUUUGCUUAUCCUGGCCAUCACCGCUAUGGGUGGGACAUGGUUGCUGGAGCAACCCAGCACGUCGCAAGUUGACUGGCAUCCCCGUGUGCGGUUGCUGUGGCGAUUGGUUCCACAGGAGUAUGAAAAGCAGCUUGCAGAGCUGAAGAAGGGUUUGUCCAACACGUCUAUCAGCGAGCCUCGUUUGUGCAGCUUGGGGGGGAAGACUUCAGCCAAGUCCAAGGCACAGCCUGCCCCAAAGGCUGCUCCAAAAGCAGCUCCCAAGGCAGCCCCAAAGGCAGAACCAAACGGGGGUAAGAAGCAUGCCCGUUCACCCCAGAAGCCAGACCAGCAAUCCCCCAACCCUGCUGUGCAAAAGCGUGUGAGGGGAAAGCAGCCUGACCCUGACCCCGCCCAGAAAUUGGAAGAGCUGUUGAAGGCACAUAGAACAUAA